AUGAAGAUAAUAUUCGAACAUGAAGAUCGAAAAACAACAGUUAUCGGAACCGAUUAUGAUUCAAUUGUUGACAAAAUAAAAUUACUUUUUCCCAAUGAAAAUCAUCGAUCAAUUCAAUUUUAUGAUACUGAACUUGGUGAUUACUUCGAAUUUACUUCAUUUGAACAGAUCAGUGAUCUAUCUAAUGGAGUUAAAAUGCAUUUUGAUAUGUCAAAUACAUCAAAUUUAUUUAUUGCCGAUCAUUCUUUACCAUCAUCGUUAAAUAAUGGUAAAAAUGAUGAAAAAAAUAAUCAUGUUACACCAAAAGCUCAAUUAAGAAGAAUUCGAAAAAAAAACAAACUGAACUUGAUAAAUGAUGAACCAAUUGUAUUACCUACAUAUUGCGAUUUAAUAACUCAGGGGUUGAAAUCACGCGAGUCUUUUUCUUCGAUUCAAAAAACUUUUUUGGAGCAAACAUGUACUCAUUUUCUUCGACAAUAUUGGAAUUCAUCAUCAAAAUCUCUUCACUAUUCAUUCGUCUUAGCACUUACUGAAAAAUUUCCAGCAUUAAAUUAUUUAGAUAAAAAUAUUGACGGAAAAAAUGGUAGAGCACCACACAAAAGGAACAUAAAAUGUUCCAAAACUCAUCCAACACCGAAACGAUCAAGAUUAUCCACAAUCAAUUCAAAUGCUUAUGAGAAAACAAAUGAAGAAUUAGUUUCUGAACAAGCACCACAAAAAGAUGAUGAAUUUGUUGCAACAGUUCAAGCUGAUGACAACAAUUUAUUGAAUCAAACUUCACUGAAUGGUUUAUAUGAAUUAUUACAUGAAUCCAGUGUAACCAAACCGCCAACAGCAUUACCUGACCCAAGUAAACAAACAACUGCACGACUUCCACCACCAAAGACACCAAUUCGACCACCAACAAGUUCGAAAAAUGAUCGACAAGCAACUAUUUCAUUAGUACCACCAUCAAAUCCAUCAUCUGUUAAUGUUUCGUCGAUUGAUACAACAUCUAUUUCAAGUAAAUUACCUCUGAUAACAAGUACGCCAACUGCUCUUAUUUAUCGUGAUGGUCGAAUGCAUUUAACAUCAGUACAAUCACAACCUGUUGUGGUCAUUCAUAAAGCAAUAUUACCUCGAGAUCCUGUGAAGAAACAAAAACAAAAUGAAACACAUAAUUCUACUCUUCCAACAACAACCAUUAAUGAAGCAACAAAUAAUGUUUUAAGACAAAGCUCUAUGGACAAUACAGAACAAUUGAAGAAUUCAACAAGUGAUGAAAUCUGGUAUCCAAAGUUAUCACGAUCUGAACAAAAUGCAUAUGAGAAAGAUAUUAGCCGCCUUCGAUCAAUUGUUAAACCGAAGGGGAAAUCAAAUAAAUUAUGUUCAUUUGAAGAACUUCAAGAUGAAGCACGUGAAAUACUUAAUGAUAUUAUUCAAAAAUAUUCAGUUCAAAAACAACAUCAGAUGAGUGAAGUUGAUUUUAUGGCAAUAAAAAUUUUAUGUGAAGAUCUUCGCGAACAAAAUAUUUUCUUUAAGUAUGGUUUACCUGAUCCUCAUCCGACAAUUGGAAUUCUAAUAAUGCCAUCAUCAACUAAAGAAUUUGAGAAAGCUUUUAUGUUCAUAAGAAAUCUGCCCUAUAAAAUGCCGGUGUCUCUUGGAGGUGGUGGUCUUCAUCAGAUAGUAGCACUGCUUCUCAUUUCGUACAUAAUACUAGAUCAUUUGCCUAGUCAUAAAUUACUUCAGACCCUGUUCGAAAAAUGUAAAAAAAGAAAUCAACGAUAA